UGGUUAUUGCUAGGGGACAGACAGCCUCAGAGCAAGCGCGACCGCUACAUCUUCAAUUUAGGGCAAAAAACAAACCGUUUUUCGGCGUAAAUUCUGCCUUUAACAAGCCGCAGCUGGACAUAUUUUGUGUUUUUAUGGCAGCCGAACCAGCGGAGACGACGCCUGCUGUGUGCUAGCAUAGAUAAUGUAGUUUUGUUUAUCAGGUGUGACAGACGAAGUCUCUGUGAAGAGCCCCGGUUGCAACUUCUUUGAUUCUUCCCUGAGAUCAAGAACUUCAAACUGGCUGAAAUGGAUGAACAAAGUGUUGAGAGCAUCGCUGAGGUGUUUCGCUGCUUCAUCUGCAUGGAGAAACUGAGGGAUGCUCGUCUCUGCCCACACUGCUCCAAACUCUGCUGCUUUAGCUGCAUACGACGGUGGCUGACAGAGCAGAGAGCCCAGUGUCCACACUGCCGGGCUCCGCUCCAGCUGAGGGAGCUGGUUAACUGUCGCUGGGCAGAAGAGGUCACCCAGCAGCUGGACACCCUGCAGCUCUGCAGCCUCACCAAGCACGAGGACAAUGACAAGGACAAAUGUGAGAACCACCACGAGAAACUGAGUGUUUUCUGUUGGACCUGUAAGAAAUGCAUCUGUCACCAGUGUGCUCUGUGGGGAGGCAUGCACGGCGGACACACCUUUAAGCCUCUGGUGGAGAUCUAUGAGCAGCACGUGACCAAGGUGAAGGAGGAGGUCGCCAAGCUCCGCCGCCGCCUCAUGGAGCUCAUCAGUCUGGUGCAGGAAGUGGAGAGGAAUGUGGAGGCUGUCAGGGGAGCGAAGGAUGAGAGGGUCAGAGAGAUCCGAAACGCUGUGGAGAUGAUGAUCGCUCGUCUGGACAACCAGCUCAAGAACAAACUCAUAACCCUCAUGGGCCAGAAGACGUCCUUGACCCAGGAGACGGAGCUGCUGGAGUCUCUCCUGCAGGAGGUGGAGCAUCAGCUUCACUCCUGCAGUAAAAGUGAACUGAUUUCCAAGAGUCCAGAGAUCCUGCUGAUGUUUCAGCAAGUCCAUCGGAAACCCAUGCAGUCCUUCGUCACCACGCCGGUCCCUCCGGACUUCACCAGUGAGCUGGUUCCUGCCUACGACUCCAGCACUUUUGUUCUGGUCAACUUCAGCACCCUGAGGCAGCGGGCUGACCCGGUCUACAGCCCUCCUCUGCAGAUAUCUGGGCUCUGCUGGAGACUCAAAGUCUACCCAGACGGUAACGGUGUGGUCCGUGGAAACUACCUCUCUGUGUUCUUGGAACUGUCUGCUGGACUCCCUGAAACAUCAAAGUAUGAGUACCGUGUGGAGAUGGUCCAUCAAGCCUCCAGUGACCCAACUAAGAACAUCAUUCGGGAGUUUGCCUCUGACUUUGAGGUCGGUGAAUGCUGGGGCUACAACCGCUUCUUCAGAUUGGACCUCCUGGCCAGCGAGGGCUACCUGAACAUGCAGACGGACACACUGGUCCUCCGCUACCAGGUUCGCUCACCCACCUUCUUUCAGAAGUGCAGAGAUCAGUACUGGUACAUCAGCCAGCUGGAGUCGGCUCAGAGCGGCUACAUCCAGCAGAUCAACAACCUCAAAGAGAGGUUGGCCAUCGAGCUGUUUCGCCGUCAGACAUCACGCAGUUCCUCCCCACCUGACCUGAGGCUCGCUGCUGGCACCACAGCCUCUGAGCGAGACCCCCGCUCGGUGAAGAGUGACGACGACAUCCAGACCACUUUGUCCAAUGCUAAAAAAGGAGAAGAAGAAGAGAGGACGCAGCACGAUGACUCUAAUGAGCUGUCAGACGGUGACUUGGAGGUGGAUUGUCUGACGGAGGAGGAGGUGAACCCACUUGAUGGCAGCAGCACCUCCGGGAGCUCCACAGCCACCAGCAACACAGAGGAAAACGACAUAGAUGAGGAAACCAUGUCAGGAGAGAAUGAUGUCGACUUCAUUGGAAACCUGGAAACAGAAGAAGGAGAACUUCCUGAUGACUUGGCUGGAGCCACAGGAGGAUCUAGCUCCAAUCUGCGUUCCUUACAUCGCAGUGCUGCUUCCGGUCGCAGCUCCAGCAGUAGCGGAGCUGCGACCGGCGGUGCAGUCGGUCCAGGCAGCAAUAGCCUCCUGGAAAUCGACCCUGUCAUCCUGAUCCAGCUGCUGGAUCUGAAGGAGCGCAGCAGCGUGGAGUCUCUGUGGGGACUCCAGCCUCGGCCUCCGGUAUCUCUGCUGCACAGCCAAGCUCAUCCUCACUCCAGAAAAGACAGAGACCGGCGGCCUCAAGUGGUGCGGCGGUCGGCUCCAGACUCGGGGGUUCUGAUCCGCCUCAAGGCUCAGAUGGCUGAGGUCCGUAGCAAGAUGUCUGAUGUCAAGAGUCAAGUACUGGAGGCUCGGGGGAAUGGAGAGACCAGGCCUGGCCCAUCGGGGGACUUCAAUGUGGAGGAGGUAUCCUCUCACCACGCUGAUUCAGAGUUGUCAGCUUGUCGUCAACCCGGUGAGCUGGACCUGCUGGGGAGAGCAGCUGCAGCUCGGUCCAGGCCCAGCCGCCCUGCCAGAAAGUCUCUGUCUCCUGUCCUGGACAGCAGCAGCUCCUUGUUGGUGAAGAGGAGGAGUCCAGAGGAGAUGGAGAAGGAGCUGAGAGGAGCAGACGUGGCCACAGAGCUCAGCCUGCACCUUAAAGACGGGCUGGGAUGUGCAGAGGGAGUGCUGAAGGCUGACGGCACCCAGAGCCCCCUGGUGUCUCUCGGCAGCUCCUUGUCAGAGCAGCAGUCCUCCAGCUCCAAGCAGCAGCAGUACGCGGUGGAGCAGCAGCAGCUGUACGGGGCCUCCGGGUCCAGGGAUGACAUCUUCUCCUUUGGGGGACCAAGCUACAUGACUGCCAGCAAGAACUGUGGCAGUAGGACCCUAGGGGCGGCCAUGUUGGAGUGUGAAUCUGAAAGCUCAGGAAACUCCCAUCAUUCCCUGCUGGAAGGACUUUCUGCACAGCCACAGUCUAAUGAAGAUCAGUCGCCGUCUGUCCUGGUGGCAGCAACGAGCAGUGACAGCGACACUGAGGACGAAGCUCUACAGAGCAACAACUCCCGCUAUGACAACCAGACUCCUCCCUGCACAGGAGAGCAGCUUCUGUCUGAUGACAUGAGUCUGCCUGCUGACAGGUGAUUCCCUCUGAAACCCAGUACUUUUACUCUCAGCGGCCACACAAACAGCGAUGCAAUAACCGGCCCUGGAGACGACACACAACAUGCUUUAUGUUACACACAUCUGUAGAGUAGAAACUGCUUGUUAAAUGCAUGAAGACGAAGCAACGACUCACCUGCUUUUCCAGAAACCGAAACUUUUCACUUGGUGUCCUGACUGUUUUCAGAAUCGACAGAAAUAAUAAUAACAAUGGCCAGUAAUUCAGGUGGUUAUUGGUUCAGGCGGUCACAUAACAUCGAAGGCAUUAAAGGGACGGUUCUGUUGUUUUGAAGUGUGGUUAUAUGAGGUACGUUUCCAUGGCCAGUGUGUCAUAUACAGUAGAUGACAAUCAACACGUACAGAACCACUUUUUCAGUGCUUUUUUGAUUUCAGAAAACUUGAUUCAACAAUCCAACAAGCCAUUCAUAUUUGGCUUCUCUUGCUCUGUCACAUUAGAAUAUACAGCCUCGGUAUCUCCACCACCAUUGGUGCGCCAUAUUUUCUGUCAAGCCAAUUAGAGCAGACAGGUUUUUUUUUUUUGAAGGGAGUAUACAGAGACAGGUGCUUAAACUGAGACAGAGGGUCAGUACAGGUAUAUUCAGGCAGAAGUUUAUUUUUUUACAUUAAAGCUUUAGUAGAACCACACUUCAAAAUCCAAACUAUCCCUUAACAUCCUGGGUCUUUUCACUUCUUUUAAAAUUGAACCUAAGCCUUAUUUCUUCACCUUGCAUAAUAUUUAUAAUUAGGGAUGUACAACUGUCAGUUUCUUCAUGGCCAGUUCAGUAAAUCAUCAGAGGAAAACAUGCCGUUUGUGCAAUAACUGACUCUCUGCUGGUUUACUUUUCUUCUACAAAACCAUCUACGAACUAGUACAUUUUACCUGAGCUACAGGGCCUUUAGUGACUUUAAUUAAACAGCACAAAUCUGCACACCUUCUCAGUGUAUAAAUGCUUUUGUGAAUCAAGUCUACAACACAUUUUUAAGAGUCCAAGGAGAGACUGUAUAAUCUGUAGCCUGUCAAUAAGAGCUUAGUGUUUUAUAAUGGCUUGCUGUUGAUGUUUAGUUCAGUCUGUCUGGGCUUUAGUCUCCACACCUACUUGACAUCCUUCACCCAUGUCCCUGCACCUUCCAGCGUCGGUGCCAAAAAGCCUUUUCAACAUUCAGUUUUUGUGACACUGCUUCUUCUUUCCUGAGGUGAACCUCGUUAAGAGCUCCUUUCUGGUAAUUUAUGUAAAUGUGUUCUUUCUUAAUAGCAGCAGUGGCAGCAGCAAACCACCAUGUCUGUCUCUGUGUGACAUUUGAAAAGGUUAAAUAAUCACUGAAUCACACGGAUUAUGAAACUGCUGCUGCUCUGAUGUCUGUGGGCUGAAACUUUUAAAGCACGCCGAAGCAGAUCUGACUCGGAACAACAUCCAAGCAGAUGUUUUAGCUCCAACAUCUGCUCGGCCGUCACUGACCAGAAUGCAACAUGUUCAACAGUUUGUACACGGAAAAAUGCAGCCAUUAUUAUUCAUUUAGAUUUGACAUUAAUGAGAAAUGUUUAUUUUUUGUCAGAGUUAGAUGAAAAGAUCAAUACCACCCAUGUCAGCUUUGUGCAGAACGAUGACUGCCACAAAAAAAUCUUAAAACGCUUGUAUGCACAAUUUAACAUCAAAUAAUGUGCAUACAAACAAUUCAGGCUCUGGAAAGAGAUGACUCUGAUUUAUUAUUAUAAUGCUCUCCUUUUUUUGAGCACCACAAAUGAAACCCCUUUUUGUGUUGUUGUGUUUGUGAGGAGGCAGAAACUAUAAAGACAGAAAUCUCCAAACCUGGACAAAUAAAACAAAAACUCUGCAGAGUUGCCGACUGCUAGAAAUAAGAAAGGAAAUGUUUUUCUGUAAUUUUGGGUGAACAGACUUCAAGUUGAAACUGGUGUAUUGAAGAACUUGACAGCAAAGAUUUAACAAUCUGUGUAAUUAUGUAACGUGUGCUUUGUGCUGCACUGAUGGCUCACAGCUUCACUGGCUUUUCUUCACCGAUUUAUUGUUUUUCACCUCAGUACUUCCAACAAACAGUGUCAAAGGCUGCUGCAAAACGGUGCACAAUACUGGGAGGAAAGUGUUUUGUUUUAGUGCAACAUAUUGGGAAGUUUAUAAAACCACUGAAGUGGACCCUUCCCUCGUCAUUGUUUUAUUCUGAAGGUCACUUAAUCUUAAAGAAGUUACAUUAUUGUCUGCAGUCAUUAGUUUACGAUGUAAAUAUGUUGCGGUGUAUUCAGAUGUGGAGCUUGCUGCACACGUGGCUGAAAGUGCAUGGCUUUAUCGGCAGGAAUGAAGGAGGACGGACGUCUUUUUUUGCACCAAGACGUGUCGAGUCAAACUUGCAGUUAACAUUUUCGCCUGUCCAGUCGUCUUAAUCAUGUGAUUUUUUUUCCUCUGUUACUGUUACUUUACAUGUCUGUGCACAUGAUGGAAGCUCUCACCGUUUAUUAACCUUUUCUCUUAUUUGUGCUUCUUGUGUCAAAAGUUGCUUUCUAUCUUGAAUGUUACCCAGAAUGCACUGCGCAUUAUUUAAUGUGUACAUUUCCUUAAUUGUGUAAUAAAUAAAUAAAAUGUUUUAUGAUCCUGGAAAU